GGCAGCAGGCAAAAUGUGAAUGAGAAAGAGGAGCGCGAUUUAAAGGUGCUGGAGGCGCCCGCGGAAGACAAGUGCGCCAGCUUCCCGCGCUCCCCACCGGCCCGCAGGAGGCGACCGAUAGCCAGCCAGACAGACGGACGCGCUGACGGCUGCGAGUCCGGGCCAAGGGCCGCGGAAGCGACGCGCGCGGGCUCCGACGGGCAAACGGCGGGCAGCAGCUCCAGAGAGUCGGCGGGGGCCAGGCGCCCGCUCCACUCCAGGGCGCACGGCCUCACCCCGUGCUGGGCAUGCAGUGGGCCCAGGACUGAGGGGCAUCUGCUGUCCGGGUCCCGCUCGGCCCCUGCCCGGUGCACCAAGCUGUGCUCCCGGCGCCCGGCGGGCUUCCCGGUGGCGGCGCGGCGCGGGGACUUUUCGCCUCUCGCGGGCCUCUCCCGAGCGCGUCUAUGAGCGCAGCGUUCCCGCCGUCGCUGAUGAUGAUGCAGCGCCCGCUGGGGAGUAGUACCGCCUUCAGCAUAGACUCGCUGAUCGGCAGCCCGCCGCAGCCCAGCCCCGGCCAUUUCGUCUACACCGGCUACCCUAUGUUCAUGCCCUACCGGCCGGUGGUGCUGCCGCCGCCGCCGCCGCCGCCGCCCGCGCUGCCCCAGGCCGCGCUGCAGCCCGCGCUGCCGCCCGCGCACCCUCACCACCAGAUCCCCAGCCUGCCCACAGGCUUCUGCUCCAGCUUGGCGCAGGGCAUGGCGCUCACCUCCACGCUCAUGGCCACGCUGCCCGGCGGCUUCUCCGCCUCUCCCCAGCACCAGGAGGCGGCGGCAGCCCGGAAGUUCGCGCCGCAGCCGCUGCCCGGCGGUGGCAACUUCGACAAGGCAGAGGCGCUGCAAGCCGACGCGGAGGACGGCAAAGGCUUCUUGGCCAAGGAGGGCUCGCUGCUUGCCUUCUCCGCGGCCGAGGCUGUGCAGGCGUCACUCGUCGGGGCUGUCAGAGGGCAAGGGAAAGACGAGUCAAAGGUGGAAGACGACCCGAAGGGCAAGGAGGAGAGUUUCUCGCUGGAGAGCGAUCUGGACUACAGCUCGGAUGACAAUCUGACCGGCCAGGCGGCUCACAAGGAGGAAGACCCCGGCCACGUGCUGGAGGAGACCCCGCCAAGCGGCGGCGCCGCGGGCAGCACCACGUCCACGGGCAAGAACCGGCGGCGGCGGACUGCCUUCACCAGCGAGCAGCUCCUCGAGCUAGAGAAGGAGUUCCACUGCAAAAAGUACCUCUCGCUGACCGAGCGCUCACAGAUCGCUCAUGCCCUCAAACUCAGCGAGGUGCAGGUGAAAAUCUGGUUCCAGAACCGCAGGGCCAAGUGGAAACGGGUGAAGGCUGGCAAUGCUAAUUCCAAGACAGGGGAGCCCUCCAGGAACCCCAAGAUCGUGGUCCCCAUCCCCGUCCACGUCAGCAGGUUCGCCAUCAGAAGUCAGCAUCAGCAGCUGGAGCAGGCCCGACCCUGAGGGCCCAAGGAGGGCCAGGGCCUGGACCACCCUGGAGAAGCCACAGUCCCAGAGGGAACCCAUGGUGGACUCCACAACUUAUUUGAAGCAAAACGCAGUCACCCCCCAACUUUGGACAUCCCAAGCAAAUUGAGAGUAUAUUCAAUAAAGAGGCUUGAAAGACUGCUUUCAAAGGGGCUACAGCUACACCUGAAGACACACUAAAUAUUUAUUAUACUAUCCUACUUUGUACAUAGAUAUCUAUAUAGACUGGAUCUCAGCUGCCGUAUUUUGAAAGUUAUAGGACCAAACUACCCAGUAAUGUCCUCCAGCCACAUUCCAGAAGAAAACAAAACCCCUGCUGUAACCUGCCACGCCUAGCAGCCACCUUUCCAUACUUUUCCAAAGGUAAACAUCACAUGCAAGAACAAACACUGGGGUCUCCACUUAUUUUUGUUUCUAUUCUGGCUUUUUUAGUUGACUGAAAAGCAGACGUUUUGAGGCAGCCUGGAAAUUCGCUUUGCUUUGGUUCUGCCUGGCUUUCUUUCCUGGGGUUGCAUAUCCUAUAAGCCGUGUCUAAAGCACGUUUUCGUUGUGUUUAAUUUAUUUCAAUGUAGCUUAUUUUCAUAUAAGUUAUGACAUUAAAACAAUCUCAGUCUUGUGAAUAAUAAAAAGGAGAGAGAGAGGAAAACAGACCAAUUCUUGGGUCUCAUAAGUAU